AUGGCCCAUAGACUGGUGGCUAAAGGGGGAGUCGAUCUGGAGGCCUUGUCGCCUAGGGACGCCAACGCUCAGCGCAUGCCCAAGGCAAUCGAAAUGAAGACCGCGAAGCCGGUCGCCACGCUCAAGGCGGCGAAGGAUAAGGAACCCCCGCCGCAGCCUCCCGCCGCCGUCGACGAGCCUCCCAGCUCCGACCGCCCUAAUGGAGCGGUCUACCAGGUGGGCAGGAUGCUUGGCAAGGGCGGUUUCGCCGUCUGCUACCAGGGAUACCUGUUGCCGGAACGCAAAAAGUAUGCUUUGAAGAUUGUUCGGAGUCAGAUGCCCUCCAAGAUGCAGCAAAAGUUCCAAACCGAGCUUCAGAUCCACUCCAAGAUGAACCAGAAGAACAUAGUCCAGUUCUUCAGGGCCUUCUCCUUCCACGACUGCAUGUACCUGGUCCUUGAGCUCUGCACGAACGGAUCCCUGAUGGACAUGGUCAAGAAGCGCAAGGGUCUUACCGAGCCCGAGGUUCGCUUCUACUCUGUCCAGGUUGCCGGCGCUAUCAAGUACAUGCAUGGAAAGGGCAUCAUUCACCGAGAUCUGAAGAUGGGCAAUAUCUUCUUGGAUCACAGGAUGAACGCCAAGGUUGGAGAUUUUGGACUGGCUGCAUUGCUGGUUACUGGCAGGGACAUGCAAACCAUAAGAAGAACCACCUUGUGCGGCACACCUAACUACAUUGCUCCUGAAAUUCUCCAGAAGGGAAAGAAGGGCCAUGACCACAUGGUUGACAUCUGGAGUCUGGGUAUCAUCAUGUUCGCUAUGUUGACGUCGAAGCCACCUUUCCAAUCCACGAGCACCGAGGAGAUCUACCGCCGAGCGAGAGAACGCGACUACGAAUGGCCGAACCCGGAAACGUCUGCAAAGUUCAUCAGCCAAGAGGCCAAGGACUGCGUUGCUACGAUGCUCGAGGACGCUGAUAUGAGACCCGACCCCGAUGUUAUUGUCCAGCACGACUUCUUCACCUGCGGCUACAUGCCGGUAGAGGCCGACAUGACCACUAGGCUUCUGACCCUGCCGCCCGACGGCUCGGAAUUCUACACGACUCGCAUGAGUUCACAAUUGCAAGAAACCACCCACCGAAACCACCGAGAUAUGUGCAGAGAGUGUGGAGUUGGUCCAUACGCCGCGGUACAGGUUGUCCACACUCAAACGUGGAAGGAGAUGGCUGCCGAGGAAAAGUCUGGCUUGACACCCAUGAUUCCCCUGGGAGAGGAUGUUGUCUACCGGCCCUUCGACGACUGGCUUGCUGAGAAGAGACAAGCCAACGAGAGGCGACAGGCUCGCGCGCUCGCUGCUUCGUCGUCUUCUCGCUCCGACUCCACGAGGGAGCAGCAGUUUAGCUCGUCGCAGACCGCACCCACUGGCUUGCUACGCCAGCCCCCUCAGAGCUUUGCUGCUCAACAAAGAGCUCAAAACAGGCCUCCGCCGAUGGCCAGCAGCGUCAGGUCACGACCUCAACCGGAAGCACCGUCGCAGUCGGCCGAGGCUGUGCGCCCGAGAUCGGUUAGGCAGCAGUCCGCGCCGGAGCCUCAGCGGACCAACACACUUGCCGAGGCGCCGCUGAGAAAAUCAACUGCGACCCGCCGGACGCCGCUCCCGACGAGCCAGUCUACUGGAGCUCUCCCUAGUCAGGCCAUGGUUCCACCGGCAUCAAGCCAGCCUACGGUUACAAUGACGGGCUUGAUGGAGAAUCUGAAGAUUUCAUCAGAUAAGACCGAUAUGGCUUCGCUGUUUAGCCCGUCCGAGCGUCCCGAGCCGGUAGCAAGCUCGAAGCCGGAUGUGGUGUUGGAGCGUCUUCGUCGCCUCCAGGCUGAAUUGGAGCGUGCUUUGAAUGCACGCACAAUGGCCAUUAUCUCCUCCAAGGAUGUGACCCCUCCCCACCCCAACGUGGUCGUGAAGUGGGUGGACUACACGAACAAGUUUGGUCUCGGCUAUAUUCUCAACGAUGGCGGUGUUGGCUGCAUCUUGCGCGACAUCCCUACUACCGAGAGCGGCAACACCCUCAUGCUCCCCUCAGCGUGUAUGCUUGUGCGGGACGCUGAGAGACACAUUGAGCGAAGACACGAUGAAACAUACCCUGAAAGACACCAGCCGCUGCCUCCCGGGCAGGAGAUUCACUUCUAUGAGAACAAUGGCGAAUCAGGCUUGUCUCGAGUUUCGGUUUCAUCGAAACAAUUCCGAGUCCAGGUUCAUGAAGACGGCACAGCUGGCAAGCUGAACCCUGGGAAGGAUGUGUACGAGCACCGCAAGAGAGAAAGGGUCAUUCUCUGGAAGAAGUUCGCAAACUACAUGAUUGCUUAUGGCAGAGACGAUGCGGUGCCUGCGGAGGAGACUACUACUCGAUCCCCCGAGUUUUCUGUCAACAACUCUCAGCCCUCAGACUUGGUGACGUUCUACCAACGUUUUGGCGAUGUUGGUUGCUGGGUCUUUGGCGACGGCCAUCUUCAGUUCAACUUCCCCGAUCACACCAAGAUUGUGCUGAACGCUGCUGGAACGUGGUGCCACUUCUGGCACCUCCCCAUGGAUGCGGCUCACAACCUCGCGACUACUGGCAGUUUAGGAGCUGCGGCCCUCGACGAGCGAGCCAUGCUGUCUUAUCCCCUGCAAACAUUGCUGAACUUCCAGACCAAGCCUUCGGCUAGCCGGUCUACACGUCCGACUACCACCUCGCGCCGACGCCCUGAGAUUCCUGCCGAGCUUCAGGGCAUCCCGGUUGCCAACGACUUCCGUCGUAAGAUCGAAUUCAUCAAGAACGCCGUGAAGGAAUGGAAUAUCAACGGCGGCCUGGGCAACAGCGCGAUGGAUCGCGAGAACCGUCUGCGCUGGGGAGGCCACCGUGAGACAGUCAUGGGCAACACCCCUAUCAAGGGCGUCUGGGUGACCGUUGGUGCUCGUUGGGGUGAUACCAGACUGUCGGCUUACAUUGAUCCAACCAACCCCAUGGAAAUGGGAGAAGAGAUCGACGAGUCCAAGAAAAGACGCCACUGA